AUGCCCAAACAUGUUGUCUUCGACGUCGUCGGCACACUAGUCUCCUACGACGCCUUCUUCGCCUCCAUUCAAAAAGUCCUCGGCCCCCGUCUUCUCGCUCAAAAUCUCUCUCCAAAACUCUUUGGCUUUGCCUGGCUCGAAAGCUCCGAAAGAGAAUUUACCUACCUCUCCAUUUCCUCACGCCACAAACCUUACAAAACUGUCUUUGCCGCAAUGUUCUAUCGUAUUCUAUGGAUGAGUGGCAUUUCCUUACCCAGAGAAUUUGCCACUGAUGCAGAAAGAGAUGAAAUGGUAGCUGCUUACUCGACUCUGCAAUUGAGAGAUGGUGUACAAGAGACUUUUGAUCUGUUGCAGAAAUCAGGGUUUGAGGUUUGGUGCUUGACUACUGGAGAUAAAGAAAGGGUGUUGGGAUAUUUUGACAAUGCUAGAGUGGAGUUUUCGAGGGAGAGGUUUAGGUCUUGUGAUAGUAGUGGUGUUGCAAAGCCUGCGUUGGAGGCAUAUAGACCGUUGUUUGAGAGCUUUGGGACAGAUGAGAAGUGGUUUGCCGCAGCGCAUUAUUGGGACGUCAGUGCUGCGAAAAUUGUUGGAUUCAAAGGUGCCUAUUGUUCGGUGUAUGAAAAGGAGGAUUGCAAGGAGUUGUUUGAUGUUGACAUGGAUGUCAUGGCUGAUACGCUACCAGAGAUGGCCAAGAAGAUCAUCGAGGCUUCCAGAUGA